AUGCAGGCGUGCGAGGGCAGCGCAGCCGGACGCCGGGCCUUCGACAGCAUCUGCCCCAACAGGAUGCUGGACCUGUCCCGGCGGCCCCUCGGCAAGCCCGGGAAGCCGGAGAGGAAGUUCGUUCCUCCGUGGAAAUCCUUCUCGGGAUGCAGCGGCGACAGCCCAGUGUCGGUGUUCGAGGAUCCCCCUGACGCAGAGCCGGCUGCACUGCCAGCCCUCACCACCAUAGACCUGCAGGACCUCGCAGACUGCACCUCGCUACUCGGCUCCGAAGCGUCUCCUAGUGGUGAUUCUUCUGCCUCGCAGAACCACUCCUUGCAAACCGAAGAAGAUUUCAACCUGCAGGAUUUCAGAGACACGGUGGAUGAUCUCAUUGCAGAUUCAUCCUCUUUGAUGUCACCUCCCCUGACCAACGGUGACUUUCCCUUUUCCCCUGGUGAUGUUUCGUCUUUCGGGUCCUGCCUCUCCCCAUCGCUGGAUCCACCUGCCUUGGGGUCUCCGCCGCCGCCCCCACCGCCUUGCGCUCCAGACCUGCCGCCACCGCCAACCGAGCUGUACUGGAAGGAGGUGGCCGACCAGAACCAGAGAGCACUGGGGACUGCUCUCAUAGAGAAUAACCAACUGCACGAGACGCUGACGCAGAAGCAGGAAGAGAUCGCCUCGCUCAGGGAGAGGAACGUGCAGCUGAAAGAACUGGCCAGCCGGACCCGGCACCUGGCCUCAGUGCUGGACAAGCUGAUGAUCACGCAGUCCCCAGCAGAGCCCUUCCAGAUCAAGGCGACGACGAAGAGGAGCCUGGAGGAGCUGUUCUGUGCGGCGGGACAAGCAGGACAGGGUUGCUCGGAAGUGGACGCCAUCCUCAGGGACAUCUCCCAGCGCUGCGAUGAAGCCCUGCAGAACCGCGACCCCAAGCGGCCCCGGCUGCAGCAAGAGCCAGGCAGCAAGAACUGCAGCUCCAGGAACCUGCACGGGGCCUUCCGAGGGCUGCGCACGGACUGCAGCGCCAGCUCGGUGAACCUGAGCCACAGUGAGCUGGAGGAGGGCGGCUCCUUCAGCACGCCCAUCCGCAGCCACUGCACCAUCCGGACUCUGGCCUUCCCCCAGGGCAAAGCCUUCACCAUCCGGACAGUCACCGGUGGUUACAAAUUCCGCUGGGUCCCCAGCUGA